AUGGUUACUAUAAUCAGCACCAUGGAAACCCAGGUGUCCAACGGUCCGAGCGGAACCAGCCUCCCUAACGGGCCAGUCAUCAGCACCAACGGUGCCACAGACGACAGCAAGACCAACCUAAUCGUCAACUAUCUGCCUCAGAACAUGACCCAGGAGGAAUUCAAGAGCCUGUUCGGUAGCAUCGGAGAGAUUGAAUCCUGCAAACUGGUCCGAGACAAGAUUACAGGCCAGAGUUUGGGCUAUGGGUUCGUAAACUAUGUGGAUCCCAAUGACGCAGACAAGGCCAUCAACACACUCAACGGUCUCAAACUGCAGACCAAAACAAUUAAGGUAUCGUACGCCCGUCCCAGCUCAGCAUCUAUCCGUGAUGCUAACCUGUAUGUGAGCGGUCUGCCUAAGACCAUGACCCAGAAGGACAUGGAGCAGCUGUUCUCCCAGUACGGACGCAUCAUCACCUCCCGCAUCCUGGUGGACCAGGUUACAGCAGGUAUAUCGCGAGGAGUGGGCUUCAUCCGGUUUGACAAGCGGAACGAGGCGGAAGAGGCCAUCAAGGGCCUGAACGGCCAGAAGCCCCUGGGCGCAGCCGAACCCAUCACGGUGAAGUUCGCCAACAACCCCAGCCAGAAGACGGGCCAGGCUCUGCUCACCCAGCUGUACCAGACCGCUGCACGCCGCUACACUGGCCCUCUGCACCACCAGACUCAGCGCUUCAGACUCGACAAUUUACUAAACGCCAGCUACGGAGUCAAGAGGUUCUCCCCCAUCACCAUCGACAGCAUGACCAGCCUGGCGGGAGUGAACCUGACCGGGCCCACCGGAGCCGGCUGGUGCAUCUUCGUCUACAACCUAUCGCCCGAGGCUGACGAAAGCGUCCUGUGGCAGCUGUUCGGGCCCUUCGGUGCCGUCACAAACGUCAAGGUCAUCCGUGACUUCACCACCAACAAAUGUAAGGGCUUCGGCUUCGUCACCAUGACCAACUACGACGAGGCAGCCAUGGCCAUCGCUAGUCUCAACGGCUACCGCUUGGGAGACCGCGUGCUGCAGGUCUCCUUCAAGACCAGCAAGCAACACAAGGCCUGAGAGAGAGAGAGCU